CAAAGUUGACACUAAAAGCUUUUAUUUUGAAUUCUAAGCUAAUGUAAUCAAACUUCCUGCUUCUCUGGAGCUGCAGUUCAGCACAUGGCAGUCACAGGACCAGCCUUGUUACAUCACCUUGUGAACUUAGUACCCGGCACACAAAAACAGAUUAAAAUGUUUUCUCCACACAUAGAAACAUAUCUAAAUGGAGUUUACCACAGAGAGACGAGACGGAGCCGAACAAAUUGGUCUCUCGAUGUCCGGAUGGAGAAGCUGAAAGAAAACUGGAGCACAGCAAUCAUGGACCCACAAAUACAAAUACUGCUUUUGGAAAGCAUUCCCAUUUCUGUUUAGGACACCAAGACUUAUUCACAAAAUAAGUGUGAUUUUUAUCACUAAACUCCACACAGUAAUUGCAUUUAAUCACAUUUUCACAUUUAUUUAAUGAUGGAGAACAGUAAAAACAGCAACUCCAACAAUAUGGAAGGUUUUGAGGCGUUUUAAACAUCAUUAAUGACUAUUAUAAAUUAUAAACAAUUCACUAAAUACCCAUAACAUGAGAUUCUGACGAUAUUGUGAAAAAUUUGCUGUUUUAUCAAAAGCUAAGAUGAAUUAAAGAUAAAGAUAAAUCUGUAAAUCUGGUUUUUCUGCUGGUCUCUUUGAUAAAUUCAACCUGAAUUUAAUUUAUGUCCGUUCUAGUUCAAAUCUUACUUAAAGAAAUUUGAACCACACCAACAUGUUUCAAUGAAACUGUUCAUAUUUUAAAAAUUAUUAAAACUAUUAUAUUGUUCAUUCAUUUAAUUUUCCUUCAGGAUUGAUAAAUUACUGCUGAUUUAACACCUUGAAGUGCCACGCCCAGUCCAAAGAGAUGCACAACUUAAUUUUAAAGCAUAUUAAAUUGUCUCUCUGUUGUCAUGGAAACACUUUGUGCUUCCAGGAAGUUCCUUUCAGAGGUCACAUCACCGGUGGGCUGCAGCCAGGGAAAAAGGUGAUCUUGGUUGGGGUUGUGGAUCCGAGUCCUGAUCGGUUCUACAUUGCUCUGACAUGCGGCCGUGGGUCCAGGGAACCGCCACCUAACGUGGCGCUGGAGCUCUGUGUCCGAUUUAAAGACAGACAGAUCCUGCGGAGAGCCUGCAUGUCGGGAUCCUGGGGCGAAGUGGAGAGAGCGGUUCCUUUUUUCCCUUUUAUCAAGGAUCAGCCCUUUAAGGUUGAGAUCCGCUGCGAACACGGCAGAUUUCAAGCGCUUGUGGACGGACAGCAGCUGUUUAGCUUUCAGCACAGAGUUCUGCCGCUCAGCCACGUCGACACUUUAUGGAUCAAAGGCAGCUUAAAAAUCACAAAACUUGCCUAAAACAAAAGACUUUUAGACUUUUACACUUCAGAAGAUCACAGACGUUUAUAUUUAUCCAAAAAUGCUUUUAUGUUUAAAAUUGUUCUACUUUCGGCUUACUUUGUUGGUACAGUUUUCUUUUUUUAGUUGUGAACCUCAUCAUCACUAUUGACUUCAAUCUGAUUUUUAUUUUAAAAAUCUAAUAAUUAGCUCAUGUUUUCUCUCAAAAUUACAGUUUCAUUGCUUUUUGUUACUUUACGUUCUACUUUGGCUACAAACAUUAUUCUUUUAUUUAUUAUUCUUCCAAUCAUAAUUCAUGAACACUACAUACUUUCUGACUUUACAAAUUAAACUUUCUCUACUACAUUGAAACUUGACUGCUAAUAUGAAGAUACUGUUGGGUUUACUACCUCAGUCCAGUUAUUCACUACCAAAUUAGAUUUAUUUACUUUUAAAAUGUAACCUCUUUGUUUUAUUUUAUGCAAUUGCACAAUAAAACUAGUUUUGAUGUUUGCAUUAUAGGAGAUUCAGGUGAAAAUUAUCAUUCUUUGCACAGAUUUCAAUGUGUGUCAUGGCUUUUUAUGUUUUGUAAAAUAAAUAAAUGAUUAAAUGUC